AUGGAUUUUGAUACAGUUCACAGGCACAAUCUUGGCCAGUAUACAAACCCUUACAAUGAAAAUCCAUACACACACCAAUUAGAUGAUCAUAAGGGUUUUUCUGCUUUAUCUCAUCAAGUUCAACUGCACAAUCUUGAUCACGAUGAUAACCCCUCGAUGAACUGCUCGUCUUGGAUCGAACAUAACUCGACUUUUCACUACUCGUCUUUCUACGACCCUUUCGAUCCGUUUCAAGCGUGUUUUAACGUCAAUGAAGAUUGCUCGAGAGCUCCUUUCGUAAUGAUGGAUCCGUAUCAAGUGGAAGAGCAAUUCGAUUAUUCCGAGAAGAUCGUGAUGAGCUACUCGAAUUCGCGCUUGAUUGUGGAUAAAGAUGAUGAAAAUCGGAACACGAAAGAUAACAAGCAAAAGGGGAAGAGGAAAAGAGUUAUCGCUAACAAAUCGGAAAUUAUUAAAGGCCAAUGGACUCCAGAAGAAGAUGGGAUUGGGAAGCAAUGUAGGGAAAGAUGGCACAACCAUUUAAAGCCUAACAUUAAGAAAGACCGAUGGUCAGAGGAAGAAGACAAGAUCCUGAUCGAGGCCCACCGCCAGCUGGGCAACAAGUGGGCCGAGAUUGCCCGAAGCCUGCCUGGAAGGAGCGAGAACACCAUCAAAAACCACUGGAACGCGACAAAGAGAAGGCAACUCUCAGCCCGCAAAAACAACACGUCCAACAAUAGUACGAAGCCCAAUAGCAGCAGCAGCCCAUUACAGAACUACAUCAAGAGCUUGAUUACCUCUUCACAGAAAGGCUGCGAGGGCAUUAAUACAGACAAUUCGUCGUCCGGAUCAGCCUCGUUAUCUCCGUUAAAGAUGAAAUUAAAGAAGGAAAAUAAUUGUGAUGAUGAGAAGGUUAAUGUUGUUGUUAAUGGUGUAGCUGAAGGUCAUGAAGAUGAUGAUGAGAACUUGAAGAUGAUGAGUAAUUGCGGUUUGGUGGAGGCUCAGAUGCAUAUGCAGUUUGAUUUGCAGAAGGAGAUGGAUUUUAUGGAGAUGCUCUCGUGUGGAUAUAUUUGA